CCAAGAUUGUUUCUUUCUUGUUUUCCAAACAUAACUAAAUCUCAUCUUCCCAGUUUGCGCCUGGAAACCCAUCAGAAGUACUGGUUACAUCUGCCGAUUCCUGCAUACGAGUAGUGAAUGGAACAGAUGUAUCUCAGAAAUUCAAAGGUAUAUAUAUGUUUUGAUUCUGUGUUUUGGUAUAUGAUUUCAUGAUAAAGCUGUUUAAUUUUGUAAUGAAAAAGGUUUCAAAAACACGGACAGUCAAAUCUCAGCAUCGUUCAGUCCAGAUGGUAAAUACGUGAUAAGCCCAAGUGAGGAUUCACAGGUAUAUAUCUGGAAACGGGAAACAAUCGCCGGAAAGAGUAAAGGCGCAGUAACAAUCACCGCCCAUGAACGUUUUCCUUGUAAAGAUAUAUCGGUUGCAAUACCAUGGCCAGAAAGCAUAAAAAUCGAGCCGCCAAAGUGUACCACAGCAGCUCCUGUAAAGGAAGAACCGUCGUCAGGAGGUCCGGUUCAGAGUAAACUGCCGCCUCUUCCUAAGAAAGCUAGUACCCAGAUGGAGAAAAGUAGUAGCGUCGAACAAGAGGAAACGGCGGCGGCAGCACAAACGUCAAAAUCGGAAGCAGGGACGGUUGGCGGUGAGUCGUCGGAGUCGGUUUCGAAAUUGGGUGAGUCGCCUUCUGGUUCGUUGGAGGCGGGUCGUAGUAACCAGGGAGGUCAAAGCGUUGUUGGUUCUGUUCAAGGAACGGCGUGGGGUUUGGUUAUUGUGACGGCGAGCCAGGGAGGAGAAAUUAGGGUUUAUCAGAAUGUUGGACUUCCACGAAAGGUUGGGCGCCAAACAGGGAAUCUAUUUAGCAGUUAA